GGGGCGUCCUCUCUUUCGUGCAAGAAACAAACUCUCUUUUGAGUACGGGGAUUCUUCAAUCCCAUUUACAGACACUUAGAACCAUAGAGAGACAGAAAUAUUCUGAAGAGAAACAGAGACAGAGCAAAGAGAUGGUAGGACCUGAGAGGCCACAGUUUGUGCUGUUUGGGUCGUCAAUAGUUCAAUUUAGCUACGUCAAUGAAGGUUGGGGUGCUAUUCUUGCUCACAUCUAUGCUCGUAAGGCAGACAUAAUAUUGCGAGGAUACUCAGGUUGGAAUUCAAGGCGUGCUGUGCAGGUUCUUGACCAAGUUUUUCCAAAGGAUGCUGCCUUACAACCUUCGUUGGUAAUAGUCUAUUUUGGGGGUAACGAUUCUAUCCAACCUCAUGCAACCGGCCUUGGUCCUCAUGUACCACUUCCUGAAUACAUUGAAAAUACGAGGAAGAUUGCUAUACAUCUCAAGGGUCUUUCGGAGAAGACUCGCGUCAUCUUUCUUACGGCUCCUCCUGUUAGUGAGGAACAAAUUCGUGUCCAUCUGAGUGAUAAAAUGGGUAUGGUUCGAACAAACGAGUCCUGCCGGAUAUAUUCAGAAGCAUGUUUAAAGGUGUGCCGUGAGAUGAACCUGAAGGCAGUUGAUCUUUGGACUGCAAUGCAGCAAAUUGAUAACUGGGCAACUGUUUGCUUGACGGAUGGAAUCCAUUUUGCACCUGAGGGGAGCAAGAUAGUGGUCAAGGAGAUUCUGAAAGUCAUUAAAGAGGCCAACUGGGAACCGAGUCUUCGCUGGAAGGCAAUGCCUACAGAAUUUUCCGAGGAUUCACCGCAUGAUCCUGUCAGUCCCGAGGGAAAGACUGUCAAUAUUUCCGAGCCUGAUUUGCUAGGAAAUUUUCCUUGGGAAUAG